UAUCCAUACAAUCGCAUUAUACGAUCCAAUCAAGACCAAUUGGGACUACGUCAACUCCAUUGAAGCGCGCAUCCCGAUUGAAUUCGGCUCCAACACCACUAAGAUUCCGGCAGUCGCGACCUGCUCGCAGUACUGGAAAGGGACGGUGCAAAAUGAGGUGUCCUGACAUCCGGGACGCUGUCGUUGAUUCUGGCUGGAUCGAAAAGUUCCAACUCGUCCGACAAUGUUUGUGGCGGCUGAAGACGUGCAGGUAGACAAGCCAGACCCGCGGGGAUAUCGCCUGGGUCGGAAAUGCCUGGAACUCGGAAAUUCAACAUCGAUUUCGGUGUUGCAGGAUGCACCGUUGAGGAUCAGGGCGGGAAAAGCGGCGGGAUUCGAGGUGCUUGCAGUGAACACAACACAUUCUUUGGAUACGCUGCAGGAGACCAGCCCAUAUUGGAUUACCAAGGACUUGAGUAGUGUUACGGUGACAGGUGUUGACAAGAAUGGGCGAGUCCAGAUUGAGGUUAUGAAUGCGUUGACAUGGGCAUAUGCAUUUAUCAACGGGUGUUUUAUAAGGCGGAGAUGACUUCGGUUCAUAGUUCAUUGAGAUAUUUCAUCUAUAGACAUAACUAUAUAAGGGGAAAGAUAUAUGAAAUAAUGCAUUACCUGAGGCUGCUUUUACUAUCACUC